AUGUUGGAGGCCGCACAGAGAGCGUGGAAGACGCUGUGUCUCGACGACAUCGCUGAAGGAGAUGUAACACUAUCGAUCGACACAUCGGGAUCGAUGUACGUCUAUCUAGACUUCGUGCGUCGCGAGAUAUCCCGAUGGUUGCGACGCCAAUGUCAACAGAGGCCAGCGCGCCGAUUCAAUCUCGUGCAGUACGCGUCCAUAGCAACGAGAUGGCAACCAAAAUCCGUCACUUGCAGCCACGACAAUGUCGCUGCAGCAGAGACGUGGCUAGCAAAACAACACUGUUCAACAAGCAGUAAUCUUCUCGACGGUCUGGUGUGUGCAUUUGCGGACUUAUUUGUAGAGGCUGUCUAUGUACUGUGUGAUGGCACCACUGACUACCCAUCCAGUCUAAUACUAGAGAGUGUUAUGCGAGCAAGCAGAGGAAGACCGGUGCAUGUCUUCCUGUUUCAGCACGAAGGAGAAUCAUGCCAGUUGUCACGUUCUGCUGCAGUCUACGAACAAUUAGCAUUGAAAACCGGCGGCUUGCUACAACUCGUGCACGUGCCCAAGUUGUCAUUGGCCACGCCCCGGGGCGGAGUUAACUUUUUAGUUACUCCGGUUCUGAUACGAGUUGAUACUUAUGUUAAGAGUGCAAGGCAACGGGAGGAGCAAGCUACCUGCAGUGUCAUAGGAAAGCGACCGACACUACCCAGAGCAAACGCCUACAUUACUAAUUGCAAGACAGCGUGGGAGUUAAUUGGGGGACUUCGAGUGAUAGCAAGAAGAAAUAGAGAUGGAAUUUACUAUACGGGACAAAUUCACGAUCAGUUAGACAAUACUACCGUCCAGAUUCAAUUUAGUCAUAGCUUUCACGGUAGCUUUGACUUUUUCCAAGCCACUCCAAUUAGUGACAUCGUUUCUCUGGUCGAUGCAAGGCGACAACCUGUUACAAUUGGAGACUACACACUGACACUGUAUGGUGACAAGGGAGCUUACUAUCCUGGACUAGUGACCGAUGAAACAUAUUCGAGACUCGAAGGAAAAUCACUUACUGUGACAUUGUUCGAUGGCACUAAACUAUUCCAUGUGACAGGAGACAAAGCUGUGAGAAUAUCUCAAGACAAAUAUGAAAGAUUGGCAAAAGAGUUGAGACUUAGGGAGAGAGAUUUGACCAACACAACAGCUGACACGAGUGUUGAAGAAGAGAAGAAAUUGCAACAAGAACUGGAUAUACUUCGUGGUUCAAACAGUAGCCAAACAGCACAACAUCGGAGUAAAAUUGCACCUUCGGUUAGUUUACAAGGAUCUAGUGUGAUCAAUGGCACUGAGACUGAUUGUGGUCUGGACGACAAACCAACAAUAUCUGAGUUGUCUGAACAAGAAUUGACACGAUUACAGUCCCGAACAGAAGCAACUCAAAGUCAAGUUGAAAGACCAACAGGACUUAAGCCAGGAAAAGUUAUUAGCUUGGGACUCUCUUAUGUUGAUGGUUACAAAGCUGGUUAUAGAGAUGGCAGGUCGACAGCAGAAGAGUUGCACAAAGUCAUUCAAGAGAAACGUACUAGACCACAGUGGAAAUGGUGGGGCCGUUCACCAAAACCAAUUUCUAGUGUCCAUCCACAUCGUUCUUUUGGCACAUCUCAAGAUCUUUCAGAUAUUGAUGCAGUUAUUCGAUCUCGUCAUCAUCGAUGUGUCCAUGCCAAGGUAGAUGCUCAUGUAGCACGAUCACAAAGUCUAACGGCCGUUCACCAAUACAAACGGCCAAACAAGACGACGGCUAAGGAUGUUAUCUAUCAGAGACCUCAUACUGCUGAUCCGUCAGAGUCGAAAAGGAUUGAAUAUCGAAGUGAGAGGCAAAGGCAAAUUCAGGAAGGGGUUAACAAAACUAGACUAAAUCAUCAGAUGCAACAAGCAGCAUGCGAUGAAUUUAAAAGAUCUAGACAUUCACAGCAAAGAAACAAAGAAGCAGAACGGGUAUCUGUCAAAGAGCAAACAGAACACAUGAGAUCACUUCACAAACAGAAACUUCAAAAGCAGCAUAAAGACAGAGAAACGGUCCACAAUCAAGAACAACAACAACGAAAAGAAGCAACAGAAAACUGCAGACGUGAUAGACAAAAUGCCCAUCUAGAAUGGAAACGUUCUAUCGAGGCAUCUACCGAUAAACAAAAAGAACAAAGAAUAGCUGCUGUCAAGCAGAGAGCUGAAGAUCGCUACAAAGAAGCAUCUCGUCGAUGGGAAGAAACGAAGCAGAGCCAAGACAAUCGACUCAAGCAUUUGCAAGCACGUAGCCAUCGACAAGAAAAGAAACUCGAGCAAAGAACAGAAAAGGAAGAACGUGACUUGGACAUAGACCGCUAUACUGUAACACACAACAAGUUGAUGCAUCGAGCUACAUUGGUCCCAUAGAAAAAAGAGAGACACCUAGAGCUGACCAAAAUUAAUAGUAGACUUAAGUCUAUGGCAUCAGCAUUUAGCAAUUAAUGUAAUGCACUCGUCUACUUUCUGCUGUUUGUAUACUUUUCUGUAUUUAUACUCAAAUGCGGAUACAGAACUCGCCUGUUUGGAAUACCACAGAAUUUGAAAAAGCUAUAAGCUGUUUUCAAAUUCUGUCAUA